CUUCUUCCAGCUGAUCCCAAGUUUAGCGCCCCAAUUGCCAAUGUCACUGUACCAGUUGGAAGAGAUGCAGUUCUUACGUGUCUAGUUCAUGAACUGGUAUCCUAUAAGGUUGCAUGGCUCCGAGUGGACACCCAAACAAUCCUCUCAAUACAAAACCAUGUUAUAACAAAAAAUCAUCGUAUCGGAAUAAGUCAUACGGAACAUCGCAUCUGGCAGUUGCGUAUUCGUGAGGUAAGUGAAUCCGAUCGCGGUUGGUAUAUGUGCCAAAUCAACACUGAUCCAAUGAAAAGUCAAGUCGGUUACUUGGAUGUAGUAGUUUCACCAGAUAUUAUCGAUUAUCAAACAAGCAAAGAUAUUGCUGUUCAAGAGGGUCACAAUGUUACUUUUAUAUGCACUGCCUCAGGUCUUCCAACACCGGUUAUAACAUGGCGAAGAGAAAAAGAAGCUCCUCUCAUAACCAAUGGAAAUCGGAAGAUAUUCAGUCUUGAAGGACCAAAUCUUACAUUGAGUCAAGUGAAUCGACAUCAUAUGGGAGCAUAUCUUUGUAUUGCUUCAAAUGGUGUACCACCAACUGUUAGCAAGAGGAUUUUAUUAAUUGUUAAUUUUGCACCAAAGUUAUGGUCACGUUAUGAUAGAAUCUACACAGCAAUUGGACAACGUGUUGUCUUGGAGUGCAUUUCUGAAUCCCAUCCCUUAUCGAUCAACUAUUGGCUUAAAGAUAAAGAAUUCAUACAAGGCGGGACAUAUGAAUUAGAUACUUUGGAUAAUAUCCAUAAAAUUGUAAUGCGCCUCACAAUAAGACCAAUGAAAGCGAAAGAAUUUGGCGAAUACAAAUGUGUUUCAAAGAAUCUUCUGGGAGAGACCGAAAGAUCCACGUACAUAUAUCAUAAAUCAAAGAUGAACUCACAUGAAGUCAAACGAACCAACAUAGAAGAAAAUGAAUUCAUACUAAUAGAAGAUAUUUUAUCAAAAAGCACUAAGUUAGACCAGAGAAUUUAUUUUCAAGAAAACUACCUUGUUCUUUGUUUCAUUAAACUUCUUAUGGAUAAGCUUAGAUACUUGUAAAAAGGGAUCAAUAAAAAAUAGAAAAUAUG